AUGAACGAUUAUGUGAUGAUCAAGGAGGACGAUACAGUAGUAAUCCGAGCAAUGGAAAUUAAAGACUCUGACGGUAUUGCGUUCUCUAUCAUCUACCUUAGACCUCCUGAUGGAGAACAUUCUAUGGAGGGAUUCCUUAAUACCCGUAAAUGGCCAGCAGACAAAAGUAUUAUGUAUAGUAGCUACGCCAAGGUUAUGGUCGGAAUGCUUUUUGUGAUGGAGGGUUUGAGUUUUACAUCAACGCGGUGGCAAGACGUGCUUAUGAUUGGCUUAGGAGGAGGAGUAAUUAAUAAUUUUCUCAGCAUACUUGAUGAAGCAAAGAUCAAUCUCACAACUGUUGAAAUAGACCCUGAUAUGCCGAAACUGGCAAAGGAUUAUUUCGACCUAGAAGAAAGCUCAACAAAUACCAUUAUAAUCGCAGACGGAACUACUUUCAUUCAAGAAGCAUCAAAAAAUGGUCGAGGUCAAAAAUACAAAUCGAUGAUAGUGGAUGCAUGUUAUACGUCCUGUCCAGCUGAAGGAUUUUGGCAGUUGGACACUGCUAUGCAUAUCGCUGACAUUCUCGAGGAAAAUGGAACGUUGUCCGUGAAUAUCCUUGGCGAUGAUGAGAAACGUGAAGAACGCGGCCAGCAAAUUCUGUCCAUAUACAGGCAAUAUUUCGCCACCUGCUUUAUUUUCGAAGCCUUAUCUCAACAGAUAAAAGACUCGAUUAUGGAAGCAAGAAGGACAAUGUACAACGUCAUGAGACCUGCCCAGACGAGACGACGCCACCCAAUCAACGCUCUCUACGACGCUGGAGAAGAACUGUCGCUCGGAAUUGCGACAGUAGAGGAGACGACGUCGCCGACGCUUUCGUCAAUAUGA